UUUAUAUUGAACCAUAUGACCCCAAGUAUCCCUCUUUCACUAGUACCUUUCAUAAAAAAAGGAAAUUGUACCGGUAUACUAAAUAUUUUUCCCUUUCCUGUGACAUUUGCAGGUCUAUUAUAUUAUGACCAGUGCAAAUGAAUUCAUAAAUUUCUUCCUCAUUUCCUUGGAAUAUAUUAAAGCACGUUCAUACCAAUUUCGACAUGUAAUUGAUUCAGUAAUAGAACGCGUUUACAUAUGCCGAAGUUGGAAAACAUUAGAUUUCUUAAACUACCAUUGGCAUUAUCAGGAUUAUAUUUAUGGUUGGUGGGGUUACUCCUGCAUUGUUUUCCGUCGGUAGGGGGUUGUGAGUGGUCCUCGUGGGCAGAAUGUCCGACCUACUGCGGUGGUAGUGAAAUACAACAUCGUGUAAGGAACUGUGGGAACUGUACCCAGAAAUGCAAUCCUACUGAUAUAGAGAGCAGGCGUUGUAACAAUACGGAAUGUCAUGAAUUCAGUGAUUCAAAAGAAUUAAGCAUGACUUCAGCUGGAACUACUCAGAGCGUUUUAAAUGUUACUGAUAUGACGGCGGCGAAAGUUCUGUCCACUCCUAAUGGUUACCACGAAGAAAAUUUUACUACUACGGAUGAUUCUGCGAAAGAUUUCCAGUUGAAUAAAUUCGACCCAACAGCCAACACAACGCAGAACAACUUGACCACAAAAAUAAUCACCAUUAUGAAAUUAUCGACAGAUGUGAAAAAUGUCACCGAAGACAUAGUCUCAUUGCCAACAGCUGCUUUAACGCCCAAAGCAUGCUUACACAGCACAGGGGAAGAGGAAAACAUUGCUUUCAGGUACAUCCGGGAACUCUUCAUUGCCAUUUUAGUUUUCCUGUUGGUGCUUGUUUUUGCUGCCUUUUUGUGUGAGAGGAAAAAGAGAUUAAAGCAGCAAAGAGAACAUUCUUAUAUCUUUACAUUACCACCCAAUACAGAACUUAACAAUAUAAGGGAAUCCAAUGUUUUUUACCAUACAACUUUGGAUUUUUCCAAUCUCUUUAUUGACGAUAGAGCCGAGAGACUAUCAUCCUGUAUAUAUCAAGAUAUUACUGAUUUAAUUCCGUUGGAUAAUUUGGUCUCAUCGAGGUCAACAUAUCAGCAAAUACCAGUCAAUCAUGUCAAUACAGAAGAUGUGCAAUAAUAAAA